AUGACAGAAAGCGCUCCUGGUGGCGGAUGGUGGAUAGAAGAAGGCGCACAAAGUAAUGAGGCUGCCUGGAUAAAGGGCAUGAUAAAUCACCAUGAUUGCAUGGCUGAAAAAGCAGUUACUUCAAGGAUAUUUGGGCUUUGCUGUGGUCUUAACCUGACAGAGGAGGGAACUAUUCCCGAUAUACUACAAAGCCUCACUCGAUGUGGUUGGGACUCCCUCGUGCUUCCAACCGCUUCCUUGGUACUACCUGAAGAAUUUGCCGUCAUGUUCCCAGAGCUCUUUGUGCAGAUUUUCUAUAACGGGAUUACUCUCAAGAGCGCUCUGCUUUGGGUUUGGGCAACAUCAAAGCGCUCCCGCACACACAGCAAUAUUUUACUGAUGGAUAACUUGCGUGUUGAUCCAACGGUCAAAAAGCUCUGCUACGGAUCAUUGAGCGGAAGGCCGUUUGGUGUUGACCUUCCUCUCCCUUGGUCACUUUGCACAUGUGCCAGAUCAAACGCUUCAGUCUCAUGGGUGCCCAAGCUUAGGAAAGCCAUUUUUUCCCACAAUGAGUAUUUGAUGCGUUACAGGACUACCUGUAAGCAUACACACCUGGAUUUAGCUGUUUUUACUGGAGAAGCGGAAAUACGUACCCCGGCUGGAGUUCAGGUUGUGAUAGAAAAAUUUGACUUUCAUCGCCUUACAUUUCCCCUUGACUCUCAGGACUCAGUUUGCAUGAGGCCGCAUUCAACUGUUGAAGACACAAAUUCACAUGGCGAGGAACAUUCAUAUCCCUGGACUGCUUUUGGUCAACUCCUUGCAAACAGCCAUCGAUAUUCUUGA